AUGCAAGUGAUAGCAUUUGAAGUUCUUCUAUUUAGCCAAGUAUUUGGUGGCUUGCCUCUGAAGUAUACUGAUGGAACUAGUAGUGGAAGGGUUAUCUCGUUCUCUCCAAUGGUUUGUGUUUGGGGCUGGACCAUGAUUGCUCUCCUGAUUUUUUUCUCCCAAAUGACUCUCUAUGUCGACUUCCAAGGGAAGCUAUCAGGAAAUAUCCGCAUGACAAGUCACACCGCUACGUUUGCUGUCGUUUUGGAUGUUGUAUCCCUGAACAUCAUGGCCCUCGUGGUAAUCGUCGAGUCCUUCAGGCAUCACAAGAAGUUCAUCGAGAUGUGUUACCUCUUGGGUAAAGUCGACCACUCCCUCAGGCAGAAAUUGGAAUGUGUUGACCGGACCAAAGUUCUUCUUGUUCUUUCCUACAUGACCUCUCUAACUGUGGCCAGUCUGGUUCAGGAGUUUUGCUUUGGAUCGGAAGGUCGCAACUCCUUCGUCUUCUACAUCCCUGUGUUCUCCCUGUACUGUGUCGAGGCUGCUUUGUUCGUCCAGUUCACUACCAUGACUCAAGGUAUCGCUGCACGAUUCAGGCUGAUCAAUGAUGUCAUGAAAAAGACUGUGAUAAGCAAGAGUUUUGGCCAACUUUUCAGGAAUCAGAGUUUUGUUAAGAUUAAUGCAAUACAAGAAGAUACUUCUUGUAUGACCAACCUCAGAGAUCUGAUAGGCCUGUACUGGUUGUUGUGUGACGCAGUACAGUAUGCUAACGUGUUCUACGGCAAUCAGCUGUUGGCUGCUGUGUUCUCUGGCCUGGUCCACAUUAUCAUCACGUUCUACUACCUGUUUCUUCACCUGGUGCCAGGACAGGGCUCCUAUCUUGUCAUACAGGGUUUCUGGGCAAUCACUCACAUCUCUCACCUGGUUCUGCUGGUGCGACCAAGUACUGCCCUCACAGAUGCUAUUGCAGGCUCGGUAACUACAUACUUGGUGAUUCUUAUACAAUUUCAGACCACCCCACCUACUCCUGGCAAAGUCGACCAACGUACUGCAUAG